GUACCAAUCGAUGAUAGACACACACAAGGCCGGUACAUUUAUGAACCCUCGCCAGUACCUCCGCUACACGUUCCUCCUGCAUUGGCGGCCAGCCCGGCAUUUUCUGAUAUCUCCCUCAUCCGGAUCACGCCACACCGGAACCCUUCAGUGGGGGUGGAGUCACCUUUUAACCCCCCACAUCCAUACAUUAACCCCUACAUGGACUAUAUCCGCUCACUGCACAGCAGUCCCUCUCUGUCCAUGAUCUCUGCGGCCAGGGGCCUCAGUCCCGCAGAUGCACCCCACGCCAGUUUGACCACAGCAGAGUACUACCACCAGAUGGCCCUACUUGCAGGUCACCGCAGCCCGUACACUGACAUCAUUCCUUCAGUGGCAUCCACAACAGGGCCUGCAAGCAACGCCCUUCAUAUGGAGUACCUGCAGGCUAUGGAAACUUCACGAUUUCCAAGUCCUAGGCUCACAAAUCGGCCCAGCAGAAAACGACCCCUUCCCAGCUCCCCUUCCCUGUCUGAUCCCAGUUUUGACCUGCAGGCCAUGAUUCGCACCUCGCCCAAUUCUCUUGUCACUAUACUUAAUAAUUCCCGCUCCAGCUCAUCCACCAGUGGAUCCUAUGGACACCUCUCAGCUGGUACUAUCAGCCCUGCAUUGAGUUUUGCAUAUCCUCCGACACCUGUGGCACUGCAAAUGCAUCAGCAGCUGAUCAGUCGGCAACCGGGCAUCGUAAGUUCUGCAUUUGGACACAGUCCGCCCCUUGUGCACCCAGCUCCUGCCUUUGCCACCCAAAGACCUGCUCCUGGCAUCCCUCCCUCCAGCCUGCCACCUACAGAACGUUCCGUAGCCUCAAAUGACUCACAGAGUAAACCCACCAGUGAGUCGGCUGUGAGUAGCACAGGGGACCCCAUGCAUCACAAACGCUCCAAACUCAAACCAGAUGAGGAGCCGCCCAGCCCCGGAAUCGUUAGCGCGCAGGUACGCACAUGUGCACAUAUAUGUAUAGGACAAAUGUCCAUGUUGAUAGACAGGCAGAUGUAG